AUGAGAAUUUCACAUGAGAGAAGUCAGUCGUCGUCACAGAUUAUGUUACACAACGAACGAACAAACAAGAUUGAGAUUCGACAAUUCUUGCUGUGAAAAAAACUGGAAAUUGAAGGUCAUAUAAAGCAUCACAGGAGAAUUUCACAUGAGACUGAUGAGAGAAAGAAAUCAAUCCUCGUCACAGAUUGUGUUACACAACGAACAAACAAGCUUCAGAUUCGACAAUUGUUGCUGUGAAAAAAACUGAUUCAUGUGAACGUAUUGCUGAUGGGUGAAGGGUACGAUCCUGACCGUUUCAUUGAUCGAGUUCUUCAUGGUUUUAAAUGCUGCAUUUGCCGUUGUGUGUUAAACGAGCCACGAUUAUGCCAGGCAGAAGAACAUCAAUUUUGUUUCAAUUGCAUAUCUCAACAUCUUCCUAAUUCCCAAACGUGCCCAGAAUGUCGGCAACACCUCACUUUGGCAACUUUGAAAUGUCCUGGAAAAAACCUCAAGAACCUUUUAUCAGAGCUGAGAAUCAAGUGUGAUCACAGCAAUCGAGGUUGUCCCGAACAGGUUGAACUUGGAAAUCUGCAGAAUCAUGUGAGCAAUUGUGAAUACCGUCCAAUAACGUGUGGAGAUUGUUACCUUGAAGUAAACGCCAAAGAUGAAGACAAACACAAGAAGAGUUUCUGUCAGCUUGGCGGGGCCAAUAUUUCGGGCUUAAAAGAUAUAAAACUUCGUCAAGAAGAGAUGAAGGAUAAUUUCACGAUUAUCAAAGCAAGACAGAAAGAAUUCACCGAUAAACAAAAGGAACUGGAAGAAACUCAAAAUGUAUACGGGCAGAAGAUAGCUGACAUUCAUGAUGAUUUAGAUGAAAUGGAAGGUAAUCAGAGAAGACAGAAGCGAAAACUGAAAGAAGUCGUCAAUAGUUGUGAACAAAUUCGUACAUUACUAGACGAAGUCGAGGAUGAUCAGAAUUUACAAAGGCAGGAACUGAAUGAAGUCACCAAUAGUUCCGAAGAAAUCCAUACCUUCACGAAUUCAAUUCAAGAUGAAAUGAGAGGCGAGGUGACAGAACUCAAAAGACGACAUGAUCAAAUAUACGAUAAAGUAAAGAAAAUGAAGGCAAGUGUUCACCAAUUAACACCGUCCCAAGAUAAAAUGAAAAUUGAAAUGCUUGAAAUGGCAAGAAAACAAGAUCAAAUGGAGGCAAGACAAGAUGACGUAAAGAAAGAUCUUGAAGAGAUUAAACAAACUCAAGAGGGAAUUAACGAGAAUGUAGGGGAAAUGAAGGCAAGUGUUCAGCAAUUAACACCGUCCCAAGAUAAGAUGAAAAUUGAAAUGCUUGAAAUGGCAAGAAAACAAGAUAAAAUGGAGGCAAGACAAGAUGACUUAAAGAAAAGUCUUGAAGAGAUUAAACAAACUCAAGAAGGAAUAAACGAGGAUGCAGGGGAAAUGAAGGGUGUUUUUGAGAUGAUGAAGUUGCAGUUUGACAGAUUUGAAGGCUUAAUGGGUCAUCUAUUUCAACAAGAUAAUAUCAACAGAAGUGGUGCUGAAACAAAUACAGCUGUUAUUAUUAUUGGUGGUUUGAUGCCGCCUGUCUCUAACAUCCCCAUUUUUAAUACUGUUGAACAGUAUGAUAUUGUUGAAAAGAGGUCUACUAUGCUACCACCAUUGAAUCAUCCUCGAGUAUCAUUAGCAUCGUGUGUUUACAACAAUGAUGUCUUGGUCGUUGGUGGUUCCAGCGGUAAUGAAGAUACUGACGAGAUCGAAGUUUUGAAAGUAGACCAACAUCCUUUGCGAUGGACAAUAUUUGAUGCUAAACUUCCCGUCAAAACAUCGGCUCAUGACGUCAUUGUUUAUCAAGGAAAAUUAUAUAUAAUAGGAGGAUAUGACAUCAAUAAAGGAAUUACAUCGAAUGCCAUUUAUGAGAUUGCUCUUACCCCACCUUACGCUGCAAAGCUGCUGACAAGAAUGACUGAGGCAAGACAAAGUCACCAAGCAGAACUUAUUAAUGAAAAGAUUUUUAUUUUGGGCGGGUCAUCAGGUGGCCACCAUAACAAUGCUCUUGACAGUGUUGUAGCUUAUGAUUUGAUUAGGAAUAAGUUCGAGCGAUGCCCAUCGUUACCUCGGCAUGUCUAUAAUAUGUCAACAGUCACUUGGGGUGAUAAGAUCAUCAUUGUGGGUGGUAAGCAAAAAAAUGAUGAGACAUUAAACGAUGUAAUCAUGUAUCACACUGAAACUGGGCAAAGUGAGAUCUUGCCAUCAAUGAUUUACAAAAGGAACGCCCCCUCAGCUGUCAUCGUGAAUGACGUCAUUUUCGUGUUCGGUGGAUACAAUAACCAGCAAAAUCAUCUCAACUCGGUGGAAACCUUCACCAUCGGUGGCAAUGGCUGGGAAGAACUGCCAGCAAUGAUGGAAAAAAGAUGUUGGAUGACAGCUGUAGUGAAACCUCACAUCUGAAAGUUUUCUCAAUAUAUACGUGUGCCCUUGCAUGAAUAUGAUAAUAUUUUGUCAUGAUGGUCAGUAAUCUGUUCCUAAUCAUCUAACCUGAAGUCUUUUGUAAUAUCAAUGGCGUACCCAACAUCGAUAAUUUGGGCCCAUAUUCAUGUAUUCAUAUAUUCAUGUUAACAGACUGUAAAGACAAUUGAUUUGAAAAGAAAUUAAUACUUGGUA